CAGUGAAAUAAGGAGUAGGGAAGUAAAAGAAGGAAGAGUUAGAGAACGUCCAUGAAACUCAGUAACGUCACAGUUUUCAGAGCGUUUUAGUUUCAUUCAGGACAACUAAGACCUUACAGCAGUCCCAGUUUUUGUGUUGAUGGACGGCUGAGGGAUGCCGCGACAAGUGGUCCGGCGUCAACCGCGCAGCAGGGGCGACGGGGCAGAUCAGUGGAGCACCGGCCUGUGCGAGUGCUACAAGGACAUGGGAGACUGUUGCUUGGCGUUGUGGUGCCUCCCAGUGUUCACCUGUAAGGUGACCAGAGCAGUAGGAGUGUGUCCCUGCCUGCCUCUGCUGGACUGGGUCAGCUGCGUGCCGCCAGCCUCUCUGGGCGUGAGGGCUUCAGUCAGGGAGCGCUAUGGCAUAAAGGGGAGUGCGUGGAGCGACUGUCUGUAUGGAUGCUGCUGCUAUCCGCUGUCUUGGCUCCAGAUUUCCAGGGAGCUGAAGAGAAGAGCGGCCUCCCACGCCUCCUCAUCCCCGUCAGGCAGAUACACCGCCUUAAGAUCCCUGCAGGGGGCGCAUUUGGUCUAGACUCCAGACGGAUCUGGGACUGGAGCUUCUCCCGGGAGGCCAGGAGUCCUUCAGAGCACAGGAGCUGAUUUAAUCACACUUCCUCUGGUCUACAGCCGCUCCCUGUUACCUCAGAGGACUCAACAGGGACACAAUGUGUGCUGCGAGGAGUCCCCAGACUUCCACCAGGGAUCUCUGCACGCUAUGCUCUGCAACCGUCAAGGCAGAUUAUGCAUAAGUACGGUGUGAUCUCCACAAAGAGGUCCAAUUUGUCUAAUAACAUUUAUUUUAAUGUCAUAGUACAUAAUUUAAGAUUUUGCAUCCUCCUACCAGCCUCCACACACAUCACACAUCACCCAUCACUUCGCCCAAGCAGACAAAAUGACAGUGAUGGUUAUAAUAAUAUUAGUAAUAAGUAAUAUUAAAACAGAAAACAUGGCUUUCCUUAAAAACUCAGCUGUCCCUCCUUGGAUGUCCUUAAUACUAAUUUGACCUCCAGACCAGGAAGUCAGAUAUUUCACAGCUGUUAUUCGAAAUAAUUCUGAGAUUGUUGGUGUCUUUUUUAAAAUGUUUUCACACUUUAAUGAGCUGUUUUAAUCUCUUUUUGUCUAUGGGACCUUGACAAUUAAAUGGACUCUUCUUAACAGAAGUUCUGCUCUUUUACUCAGACCGGUCAAUGUGCACACAGGUCCACUUCACCUCUUUAUUACACUUAACACACUGAACAGGGAUCCUUUCUGAGUGAAGUCUGAGCUAGAACUCCUUGGCCCUCUUAGAUGUGGCUCUCUUUAGUAUAAUUCAACUAUCCUCAUCUAUAUCUAAAGUCCAGAUUUUUGAGCCCAGGUUUGUAAAACUGUGUUUUUGCGAGGCUGGUCUUGAGAAGGGCUCACAGCAGUGAUUAACAGCAGUCUCAGCGCAUCAUCACACAUAUUAUUUAUUACUGAUGUCACAGAGCUCAGUUGGCCAUGGAGUCAUUUUUACACCUUGUUUGAUUAUGUAUCAAUAUUUCGAGUAGAUAUCCAAAGAAGUGUGUUUCUCUGUAAAUUAUAUUUUGUUCUGUUGGGAUCAGGUGACAUCAACUUUCCCGGUGACCCCAGCUUUGACCUGUGGUGGGCAAUCCAUACUAUUGUACAUUAAAAUAUCAGUCCUUUAAUAUCGAAAGCAGCCAGGACAGAUAAUCUUCUUCAGAGAAGUGAUGGCCAGCAUUUGUUG